AUGCGUGCAUCAAAACUUUUUCUUAAUGAUUUAAAAAAUCAAAAUUUACUCGACAAGGUGAAAUCGCUUCGGAUUGAUUUAUAUGGCUCAUUGGCAUUAACUGGUAAGGGUCAUGGUACACCUGAUGCGGUAUUAAUGGGAAUGGAAGGUGAAACACCCGAAGAUAUUGAUACAACAUCAAUAUCAUCAAGAAUUAAUGAAAUCCAUGAAAAAAGUGAUUAUUUAGCAAAUGGUGAAUUUUAUUCAAUUGGAGGCGGAUUUAUUAUCAAAGAAAUUACCACCUCUAUAAAAGAAGAAAAAUUAUUGGAAGUUUGUAAUCGUGAAAAUUUAUCAAUAUCACAAGUUGUUUAUAAAAAUGAAUUGCAAUGGCACCAAAGCCACAACCACGAUGAUAUUAGUGGCGAAAAUGAAAUUAAUAAAAAAAUAACAAAGAUUUGGGAAACGAUGGAUCAAAGUAUCAUAGCAGGUUGCCUAAGUACCGAAGAAUAUUUACCUGGCAGUAUAAAAGUUAAAAGAAGAGCUCCAGGAUUAUAUAAACAAUUAAUGAUUUAUGAUGAUAUUAGUAGUAAAACUUUAGAUUUUUUAUCAGUUUAUGCUAUAGCUGUCAAUGAAGAAAAUGCUGCAGGUGGUCGUGUUGUAACGGCUCCUACUAAUGGAGCAGCAGGUAUAAUACCUGCCGUAUUGAAAUUUUAUUUAAAAUUCAUUUCAAAAAACCCUAGAAAAGAGCAAAAAUAUAUUAUGGAAUAUUUGUUUACUUGUGCAGCUAUUGGAAUGCUUUAUAAAAAAGGUGCUAGUAUUAGCGCUGCCGAAAUGGGUUGUCAAGGAGAAGUUGGUGUUGCUUGUAGUAUGAGUGCAGCAGGAUUCGCUGCAUUAAUGGGAGCAACACCAGAACAAGUAGAGAAUGCAGCGGAAAUAGGCAUGGAACAUAAUUUGGGACUUACAUGUGAUCCAGUAAACGGACUGGUACAAAUACCUUGUAUAGAAAGAAAUGCACUUGGGGCUGUAAAAGCUGUUACAGCAGCACAAUUAGCAUUAAAAGGAGAUGGAAAUCAUCGAGUCACAUUGGAUCAAGUUAUUGAGACUAUGAGACAAACUGGUCAUGAUAUGCAAACUAAAUAUAAAGAAACUAGUUUAGGUGGAUUGGCUGUUAAUGUUCCAAUUUGUUAA